AUGGGUAAAACUCAAAAAAAGAAUAGCAAGGGUCGUUUGGACCGGUACUACUACCUAGCAAAGGAAAAGGGUUACAGAGCACGUUCUUCUUUCAAAAUUAUACAAAUCAACGAGAAGUAUGGACAUUUUUUAGAAAAGUCGAAGGUGGUCGUAGAUUUGUGUGCUGCACCAGGUUCUUGGUGCCAAGUAGCAUCCAAUUUGUGUCCUAUUAACUCCUUGAUCGUCGGAGUCGAUAUUGUCCCUAUAAAACCACUUCCCAACUGUAUUACUUUCCAAUCAGAUAUCACCACGGAAGAUUGCAGAUCGAAGCUUAGAGGACACCUUAAGACGUGGAAGGCAGAUACCGUCCUUCACGAUGGAGCACCAAAUGUUGGUUUGGGAUGGGUUCAAGAUGCAUUCACUCAAUCUCAAUUAGUAUUGAAGGCGUUGAAGCUUGCGACAGAACAUUUGAUACAGGGAGGAACUUUCGUUACUAAGGUCUUUAGAUCAAAGGACUACAACAAUUUGAUGUGGGUAUUUCAACAACUCUUCGAGAAGGUAGAAGCGACCAAGCCUCCUUCCUCUCGUAAUGUGUCCGCAGAAAUCUUUGUUGUCUGUCAGGGCUACAAAGCUCCAAAGAAGCUAGAUCCACGUUUAUUGGAGUUGAAAGAGGUCUUUGAAGAAGUAAGUCAGGGCAAACCAAACAAUGAAGCCAAGGUUUUUAAUCCUGAAAAACACACGAGAAAAAGACAAGGAUAUGAAGAAGGAGAUUACUUACUUUACAAAGAAAUGCCCCUCUUGGAAUUUGUAAGAAAUGAAGAACCAAUUAAUGUAUUGGGAACUUUAAACAAGUUAGUUGAACCUUCCAAAGAUGAUCAAGAAUGGAAAAUCUUAAAGAAAUUGAGACACUGUACUCCUGAAUUCCGUGAGUGUGUGAAGGACUUGAAAGUCUUGGGAAAGAAAGAUUUCAAACUCAUCUUGAAGUUUAGAAAAGAAGCAAGGGAAAUAUUAGGCUUGGACGAUCAACCAGAGUCUGAAGAAACGCAAGACAAAGAGGUUUUCAAGACUGAAGAUGAAAGAAUCAAUUUCGAACUCGAUAAAAUGACUGAGAGGUUAAAGCAAAAAAGAAGACGGGAAAAGAAACGUGCGAAUGAAAUGAAGCAAAAAGAAAUAAAACGUGCACAGAUGAAUAUGAUGACUGAUAUGACUAUUGGUAUUGAAGCGGGUCAAUCAGGAAUAGAUUCCAUGUUCAGCUUGACUACAGCUGAAAAAACAGGGCAACUUGAUGAUCUCGCCAAAGGAAAGAAGAAAAUGGUCUGGGACGAAAACACCCUGAAUGAAGGUACAGAGCUUGAGCUGAAACCAGAUGAGCUCGACUCUGAAACUGAACUUGAUAACUUAGAAGCUCUGCUUGAUAAUAUGUAUGAACAGUACAAGCAAAAGAGGGCAGAAAAGAGUUCAAACUACCGAGCGAAAAUGAUGAGAGGCGAUGCCGAUGAUGAACCUUGGGAUGGAAUUAAUUCCAACGAUGAGGAAAGUGAGGACGAUGGAAGGGCAUUCGAGUCUGAGUCUGAUACAGACGAUGACGUGGACUCUGAUGAACAGAUCCGCCAAAUCAUGCAAAGAAAACAGCAAGAAGAAUCCAGGAAACAAGCAUUAGCUUUCUUUUCGUCAAAUUCGGUAUUCUCAGAGGUCUGUGAUGAGGAGUUGCUUGAUGGUUUGAGAAAGCCAAGUAAAGAGGUGGUUGCCAACUCCAAUGGUGUCUCUCAAAAACCAAAAGAUGAUGAUUUGGAACAUGAAAUGGAACACGAAAUGGAAAUCGUUAAAGCUGAUAUCAGCUCAGAUGAGAGUGAAUCCGGCUCUGACUCUAAUGAGGAAAGUAUUGGGCGCCAACUUAAAAGAGCUCAAACACAAAAGGAGAGAAUCGAUCUUAAUACUGUUGAGGCAAUGACGCUUGCACAUCAAGUUGCUCUUGGAAAGAUGAACAAACACGAUUUGAUAAAUGAGGGUAUCAACAAAUAUGCUUUCAGAGAUCAAGAGAAUGUGCCGGAUUGGUUUUUAGACGACGAAAAAAUGCACUCGAAGGUUGCAAAGCCUAUCACAAAAGAGGCUGCCGCUGCUAUCAGAGAAAAAAUGAAGGAGAUGAAUUCUCGUCCAAUCAAGAAGGUCUUGGAAGCACAAGGUAGAAAGAAGAUGAGAGCUUUAAGAAGGCUUGAAAAACUCAAGAAAAAGAGUGAUUUGAUCAACGAAGAUGGUGCUAAAAGCGAGAAAGAUAAGGCUGAGGAAAUCCUGAGUUUGAUGCGUAAGUUAACCAAGAAGCAAAAAGUGAAGCCGAAAACUACACUUGUGGUAGCCAAGGGACACAAUAGAGGGUUGAGCGGCAGACCUAAAGGUGUUAAAGGAAAGUACAAGAUGGUCGAUGGCGUUAUGAAGAACGAACAACGGGCAUUGAGACGCAUUGCAAAGAAACACAAAAAGUAA